AUUUGAAUCUAUCUAUGUUGUUUUCUUUAGAACGCAAAAAUUUACAUUUUUUCGCUGUUUCAUUCCUUAAAAAAAAAAUAAGCCUUGAAAGUUAUCUGCUGUGAUGUAAUGUUUCUUGUUUAUCACUUUUCUAUAAGUGCUUAUCUCAGUUAUUGUAGUGAGGGAUAUUGUGUUCAUCCUUUAAGAAAAAAUAACAUACAUUCAAUAUGACUACUUACUUUCACUAUCCACCUCCACCAUUGCAAGAGGAACUUCACAAGAUUGCUGCUGCUAUUGUCGCUCCUGGAAAAGGUAUUUUAGCUGCAGAUGAAUCGGUCUCAACCGCAGGAAAAAGACUAAAGGAUAUUGGAGUCGAAAACACUGAAGAGAAUCGCAGACGUUACAGACAGCUUUUGUUCACUUCUGACGCUGCGUUAUCUGAUAACAUUUCUGGUGUCAUAUUGUUCCAUGAGACUGUUUAUCAAAAAACUGAUGAUGGCACCACAUUUCCAGAGCUCCUCAAGAGUAAAGGAAUCAUCCCCGGAAUCAAAGUCGACAAAGGAGUCGUUCCACUAUUUGGUUCUGAAGAUGAAUGUACAACUCAGGGACUCGAUGAUUUAGCAGAAAGAUGCGCACAGUACAAACGAGAUGGAUGCCACUUUGCUAAAUGGCGUUGUGUCUUAAAAAUAGGAAAGAACACUCCUUCUUUUCAGGCCAUUCAAGAGAAUGCUACUGUCCUUGCCCGCUAUGCAUCCAUCUGUCAAGCCAACAGAUUAGUGCCUAUAGUUGAGCCUGAAGUUUUGCCCGAUGGUACUCAUGAUAUAGAGCGUGCUCAGAAGGUCACCGAGACUGUCCUCGCUGCCGUAUAUAAAGCUCUGAAUGAUCACCAUGUCUAUUUGGAAGGAACCUUACUAAAGCCGAACAUGGUGACCCCUGGUAUGCAGAACCCAACCAGGUGUUCAGCCUACGAAAUAGCUCAAGCUACUGUCACCGCUCUCCAAAGAACUGUACCCCCCGCAGUCGUAGGUAUCACAUUCCUAUCCGGUGGUCAGACUGAAGAAGAGGCCACCGUGAACCUGGACGCAAUCAACAAAUUUGUUGCUCGUAAACCUUGGCCUUUGACAUUCAGUUUUGGGCGAGCUUUGCAAGCUUCUGUCUUGAAGGCUUGGGGAGGCAAAAAUGAAUGCAUUGAAUCAGCUCAGGAUGAAUUAUUGAAGAGAGCACGAGCCAACGGUGAAGCUUCACUUGGUAAAUACGUUGCUGGUACCGUCAAGGGACAAGCUGCCGAACAAGAUCUGUUCAUCAAGGGCCAUGCCUAUUGAUCGCUAGUACAAACUCUCUUCAAAUAUACUCUCUCAUUGCAGUUAUAUAACUUAGAAAUUUUUUUUUGUCUGAAUGCUUACUGAACUGAUAUAUUUAAGUAAUGUAGGAAUAUACAUAAAUAUAUUUACACUCUGAAAUUUAUUUUUUUACCUUUUAUCGCCCUUUCAUCGUGUUACACUUGAAACAUCUAAUUUAAAAAUUGUAGACAGAAUUAAUGAAGUCUGUAUGGAAUUAUAAAACCUUCCUCAUAUAUUAAUAUAUAGAAGCACAUUAUGUUUUUAUUUAAAACAAGAUUAUGGUUAAUAAGAAACAAGCACAUAGCCAGGGAAGAGGAUUCAGCGUCCUCCCUCUACAACAAUUUUUUAAAAAUUAACUUUAAGAAAUUCAUUCUUUUUGCAUGAAAUAUAAAUGAAUCACUCAUUUUGGAACAGGAUUAACUCUAGUGUGAAUUGUAAUUGAGUUAACUCCUUUCUAAUAUUAAACCAAAAUGGAAAUUUUUAAUCCUCUCUUAAAUAAAAUCCUGGCUAUGGGCAUGAUAAAAUAAUUUGUUAAAAACAUGAAAUAUCUUAAAAGUUCAGAUAGAAAAUUAAAUUGCUUAUUUGUUUUUUAUACAUCAAAUAUAAUAUUUAGUAGUUGAUGUAUAUUUUUAUAAGAAAAGUUAUUUUAAAUACAUAUUUAUAUGUUUUGAUUACAAAAUAUAUUUUGUUAUUUAUUGGA